CUAUAUUCUACGCUAGUUUGGUGUUUCGACUUCAUUUUUGAGUACCGAAUCUUAAUGGAUUCUUGUUGUACCUGAAACACUUAAACAAACAUCAAGCUCUUAUAUUGUUUGUUAACAUCAAAACAUGAGGCUUAGCAAACCAAGGCUAACACGCUUCACUAAAUGAUUCAAGUGAUUGAAAGAGAUGGACCCAAACUUCCUACCGCUUGAACUAAAUUGCUUCCUUGGUCGGAAGGGUUUGUUCCAUGUAGUGGUGAAGUCCGAAGUUGGGAGUCCAAGUUGGAAUGGACCGAGAGCUUUUGGGGUGAGGUCUUUAGUUACCGACCCUACAAUCUUGAGCAAGUAUGAACAUUUGGUUGUGAUUGAAGAUGAAGAAGCUGACAGAGAGAGUGAGGGUCUAUGGGCAUCUCUUGAGGAUUUGAGCCAAAAGGUGCAUGAAGUGCCCAUCACCAUAGCCGAGUACAUCAAAGCUCAGAGUGCUAAGAAAACCAAGAAGAAGAGUCCAAAGAACAAGGACAAGGAUGUGGCAGUUAUGAAGGAGGUAAGCUUGGGUACGGAUAUUGCUGUGGACAUUAUGGGAAAAGAGAAAGCCCUAACAGCUUCCUCCACCUCUGCAACCUCUCCACCCCACGUUGAAGAGGUCGAGGUUAUGUCUGUCCAGUCGAAGAAGAAAGCUAUGCCUGAUACCCCAGGUGCUUGAUAAAAUGCCUCAACCAGAAAUAGUUGCUGAGAGUGUCAAACCGGUCACCUUUGCUGACCUCUUCAAAGGGAAUAGAGACCCUGACCAAGGUAUGAUCUUGAAGCAUUAUGAGGUGGGUGAAGGUG